CGCCUUGCGGGCAGGCGAGCCUGUCCACUAGGCUCCGCGACUCCGGCUGAGCCGGAGGGCGCCCUCCGCGCCACACGAGGGUCGCACGCAGCCGCUGCGGCUCGCGGGCCUUCCCCGCGCCAGCGCCGCCCAACCGCCGCCGAACCUUCUGGAAACGGCGCCCCAGCACGGCCCUCGCAGCCGCCAAUCCAGGACGUCCGCUAGAGCCAGCGGCGGCGGCCUUGGCUGCCCGGGAAGCGGGGCGAGGGGCGGGGUCUGGAGGGGGGCGGGGCCCGCACGGGGAGGCCGCGCUCGAUUCGCCCCCGGCGCGCAGACCCCGCCUCUCCGGCUCUAUGGCUCCGCCUCCUCCCUCCCCCUCCAUGGCGCCGCCCUGGCUCAUUCAUUCCGCGCCCGGCCUGCCAGACACUUGCGCUCUCCCGCCGCCGCCGGUUGCCGCCGUCGCCGCCAGCAUGUCGGACCCCGCCGUUGAGACGCCGUCCGCCAUCCAGAUAUGCCGGAUCAUGCGGCCAGAUGAUGCCAACGUGGCUGGCAAUGUCCACGGGGGAACCAUCCUGAAAAUGAUUGAGGAGGCAGGAGCAAUCAUCAGCACCCGACACUGCAACAGCCAGAAUGGGGAGCGCUGCGUGGCCGCCCUGGCCCGAGUGGAGCGCACCGACUUCCUGUCCCCCGUGUGCAUCGGCGAGGUGGCUCACGUCAGCGCAGAGAUCACCUACACCUCCAAACACUCUGUGGAAGUCCAGGUCAAUGUGAUGUCCGAAAGCAUCCUCACAGGUACCAAAAAGCUGACUAACAAGGCCACCCUGUGGUACGUGCCCCUAUCACUGAAGAAUGUGGACAAGGUCCUGGAGGUGCCUCCAGUUGUGUAUUCCCGGCAGGAACAGGAGGAGGAAGGCCGGAAGCGGUAUGAAGCCCAGAAACUGGAGCGCAUGGAGACCAAGUGGAGGAACGGGGACAUUGUCCAGCCUGUCCUGAACCCAGAGCCGUACACGGUCAGCUACAGCCAGUCCAGCCUGAUCCACCUGGUGGGGCCUUCAGACUGCACUCUGCAUGGCUUCGUGCACGGAGGUGUCACCAUGAAGCUCAUGGACGAGGUGGCCGGGAUUGUGGCCGCACGCCACUGCAAGACCAACAUUGUCACGGCUUCUGUGGACGCCAUCAAUUUUCAUGACAAGAUCAGAAAAGAACUGUCAUGGCACCCUCCUUGCUGUGUCAUCACCAUCUCUGGACGCAUGACCUUCACAAGCAAUAAAUCCAUGGAAAUUGAGGUCUUGGUGGAUGCUGACCCUGUGGUGGAUAACUCACAGAAGCGCUACCGGGCUGCCAGUGCCUUCUUUACCUAUGUGUCCCUGAGCGCGGAGGGCAGGUCACUGCCUGUGCCCCAGCUUGUGCCUGAGACCGAGGAUGAGAAGAAGCGCUUUGAAGAAGGCAAAGGGCGAUACCUGCAGAUGAAGGCAAAGCGGCAGGGCCAGACAGAGCCUCAGCCCUAGACCCUGCUCCCGCCACCAGGCCUCGAGCUGUGGCAACAGACCCAAUGUCCUAUCACUUAGAAGUUACCCCCUUGGCCAAAAACCCAAUUCACAUUGAGAGCUGUUGUUGUGUGAAGUAUUCGUAUUGCAGUGUUAAUCUAUACUCUCUCCUGAAAACCUACACACCAAAGCUUUAUUUAUAUCAUUCCAAUGUAAAUGCUACACAGUAUUGCCCCACAUGCGGGAAGCGUUCCACGAAAGCUCUAGGGAUACUUCCGCGUGCACUGUAAGGUGUGUGAAGAAUCCAGCACCUCUAAUAAAGCUGCUGUCUGGCUGG